AUGCACACUUUUUCCACAUUACCCGUCGAAAUUGUCUAUCGAAUUAUGGAUCAUCAAAAUGAGCUGACGCUAUUUUGUUCAAUGCAAAAAGUUUGUCGAAGGCUCAAUCAGAUCCUGAGCACUUACGAGCGAUAUCGACUCGCAACACUCACCACACUAAACCUCAGCUAUAACAGAAUCGGCAAUAAAAGAGCACAACACAUUGCGGAUUCGUUGGGAACGCACACGACACUCACCACACUAAACCUCGGCCAUAACGAAAUCGGUGAUGAAGGAGCACAAUAUAUUGCGGAUGCGUUGCGAACGAACACGACACUCACCACGCUAAACCUCGGCCAUAACGAAAUCGGUGAUGAAGGAGCACAAUAUAUUGCGGAUGCCUUGCGAACGAACACGACACUCACCACACUAAACCUCAACUAUAACGGAAUCGGCAAUAAAGGAGCACAACACAUUGCGGAUUCGUUGGGAACGCACACGGUAAUCUCGAUCUCAUUUCACGGAAGCUAUAACAGAAUCUAUGAUAAAGGAGCAAAACACAUUGCGGAUGCGUUGCGAGCAAAUACAACACUCACCACGCUAAAUCUCGGCCAUAACGGAAUCGGUGCUAAAGAAGCGGAACACAUUGCGGGUGCGUUGCGAACGAACACGACACUCAGCGCACUAGACCUCUACGAUAACGGAAUCGGUGAUAAAGGAGCACAACACAUUGCGGAUGCGUUGCUAACGAACACGACACUCACCACACUAAACCUCGGCAGUAACCGAAUCGGUGCUGAAGGAGCACAACACAUUGCGGAUGCGUUGCUAACGAACACGACACUCACCACACUAGAUCUCAGCUGUAACAGAAUCGGUGAUGAAGGAGCACAAUAUAUUGCGGAUGCGUUGCGAACGAACACGACAGUCACGACACUAAAUCUCGACCGUAACGGAAUCAGUGCUGAAGGAGCACAACUCAUUGCGGAUGCGUUGCGUAGGAAUGCAAGCGUCAAUAUGGUGUAG